AUGGCAUUGAGGGAGCAGAGAAGCGGGCAAAAUGACAACGAUGUGAUGAAGGCUGCUUUGGAUAUCUUCUACAAUGACCACGGCAGUAAGUUCAACUUGGAACAUGCGUGGAGGGAGCUUCGACAUGAUGUGAAAUGGUGCUCCACCUAUCUCGAGAAGGAGAGCGGUCGGGAGAAGCGCAAAGCAGUUGCUUCUGAUGCUCAAGGGUCAUUCGCGGAGCCAGAAGAAAGACCCAUAGGAGUUAAGGCAGCUAAGGCUGGUAGCAAGAAGAAGAAAAGUGGAAAAGAAGAAGAAUUGGGAAAGAUGGAAGGACUGUUGGCGCUCAAAAAACAAAUCUCUAGACAGAAUGUACUAGAGAGUUUACUUGCAAAGACUGAGCCACUAGAUGGUGGAAUUAGCUCUGAAAAUGAAACUUAUGUCUGA